UGGCGUUUUAGCUCAUUUACCUACAUGCUAAAAAGGACUUAUUCACUUUGAAUUUGGCACGUAUUAAAAUUAGUAUGAUUUUGAUGGUGGGUUAAAUAAAAUUUCGUGCUGAAUUCAAAAAAAAAAAUAUAUAAAAGAUGUUCUAUUAGUUAUUGUUAAACUAAGUUUUUAUCGACAGUUAUAUUUAAAUUAAUGGCUGCAUACCUCCUUUUGAAUAGGGAUCAAAUAAAUUGUAGUUCAUUUACAAACUACAGAUGUUCAUAUAUACCUAGAUGAAGGCAUGUGCCUAAUUGAGAAAUGAUAAGCCUAGGAAAAAUGUGAUGUGUAUCCUAGGCAAGAUUCCUAAAUGAUUACGAUUAGACAUGUUCAGUUCUUGAUUCGGAGGUGGUAUCAAGAUUUGAUGAACACGACCUGAGAUUUGGAUCGUGCUUUGGAGAUUCAGCUCAGACGAUUCAGAGCUGCCAUAAAGUUUCUGACAAUUGGAGAAGACAAUCUCGAGAUUCACGGCGAUCAAAGGUACGGAGAACAUGCAAACAAUCUCAAACGAAAUCGGGAUGGAGAUCGAUGGAUUCUGGCGAGAUAGUUCCGGCACUGCCUUCUCUUCUCUCGGUUAAAGAAACGAAGCCAUGUGUGGACCGCGUGUCACUACGAGCUUCAUUGUUAGCUUUUAAGGUACUGGGCUUUAUUAUUUUGGGCUAAGAAACUAGAGCCGUUUUUAACGAGACGAUACGUUGACAAAAAAAAAGUACAGUGCAACUGUUCGAAGCGAAAAUCAUAAAGAGGAAGUUGGAACGUUAACAAAAAUUCUAAACUCUAAAUUAGCGCCAAAUAACUUCUAAACUAUUUUGACCAAAAAAAAAAAGAAAAACCAAAUCAGCCAGACAGAGAAGAAUGUGGAAGAAAGGAGAGCUAGUGUGGGUGAGACUAAACCCGUCAGAUCCAUGGAUUCCGGGUCGGAUCCUUGAUCCAUCCGAACCGUUAGGAAUCCUCGUUUCCUUCUUCGACCUGAUGAAACCACGCUACGUUCCAAAGCCUUGUCUCCGAAGCUUCGAUCGCGAUUUCGAAACUCUAGUUGAAGAUUCGUUGAGGUUCCGCCGCUUCGUGAACAGAGCUCUGCAAACGCACUUCUGGCACAUCUCCUUUGGGCUUUGGUGUUCUUGCCAAUCGCCGAUCGAUUCGCCGUACUUGGAGAGAGGAUACUCUCUCCCUUGUUCUCCUCCUCUUAGCUCCGAUUCGGCUCUGAGUUUUGUUAGAGAGAUGGCCGUUUCGCGAGGAGUGCCUCUUCGGAGAUUAGCUGAGACCAACGGUUCGACCGCUCAGAUCCUUAGCUUUAGGCGUUACGCUGUUGAUUUCAAUCGCUCUGAAUCUGUCUAUGAAGAAGUUAUAGAAAGUGCAAAGCUAAUGGAUAGUGCAGAGGAACAAGAUUGGUAUCUCGAUUCCUCCAACAACAGUAGUGAUUUGAGUCUAAGAGAUCCAUUGCCUAAGGAUAUCCAUUGCUGUUCUGUUGACAAAGUAGUUCAGAGUUGGAAUCCGAGGAGCCCUGUGAUCAGCUCUGAUCCUUGCGUUAUGAAAGCUUGUGCAACCAUGGCUAGAAGAGUUGAGACUGAUGUUCAGGUGGAGGAGGAGCAUAAGAGCGCUGUAGAAGAGUUGGAAGAUAGAAAUGAAAAGGAUGUUGAAGAUGAGAAAGGUCACAGUGAAACAAGUGAUAAGGAAGAUGAGACAUCUAAGAGAGAAGAGGAGGUGGAGACUGAGAACCUGAACUGUAGUGUUAGAGAAGAUGGAGAGGCAGAGAAGUUACAAGAUACAAUUGACGAGGAGGCUGGAGUUGAGACAUCAGAUGGUGAGUGUGGUGAUGAAGAAGAAGAAGAGGAAAAGGCUGAGGAGUCGAGGAGUAAUAAGAAGGUAGAUUUAAGGAAAAUGACACUAGGAGAAUGGUUUGAAUUCAUGGAGGUUCACGUGCAGAAACAGAUAGUUGAGGAGACGGAGAAGAUGUUUGAGCUAAUGAGAAGUAAAGCUUUGAGAGUUGACCAGUAUAUUGCAGAGCAGAAGCAAGCAAUGGGAAAAGGGAGUGUGUGAGUUAAUUAUCUAUACCUGAGAGUACCAUGAUCCUCCUUUCUAAGUUAAGAUCUUUGUUAAUGUUGUUAUGUGGGUGAGAUUGUUAAAAGCACCUGUAUAACUCACUUGGUGCUAUUCGACAUGAUGAUUUUGUUUUGUGCUAGGAACCACAACUUGUUCGAGUUUCUUCUUCAUUGUUAAUAAAUAUUAGGCAA